GCCCUGACAAGUGCAGAGGUUAAAACAUUAGCCGACAGCACUGCAGUUGCAUCGCGGCACAGCAGUUUGCCGUUUAACCAAGAGGAACACAUUUUUAAGGAGGGAAAGAAGAGGAAAAUUAAACACUGCAACGGGGGACAAAAAAAAAAAAAAAAAAAAUCUGCAGCACUUCAAAUGAGUUCUCUGGAAGAAUGAUGGAAGUGUCUGAGGGCUGCCUGCCGCACAACAUGUCUUUAGAGGAGAGCACUGUGAGACAAGUGGCAGGGAGUGAGACGAAUCACUCUGAGGGACUGGAUGAGGUUGUGUUGGGGCACAUUGCCAACUUACCCCUGGAUCCAUUCCCACCCAAGGACUUCAGAGGGAAGUUCAAAAAGAUGCGUCAUAAAAUGAGACCAACCAUUCUUGAAACUUCGCCUGUGGGGAACGGAUACAGCAAACCCCCCGUCCCUCCAGUGUGCUGUCCUCAGGGAGAGAAGGGUGCCCCAGCCAUGAUGCCCAUCAGCAUUGACCCAGAGAGCAAACCGGGGGAGUACGUCCUCAAGAGCCUGUUUGCAAACUUCACCACCAUGUCUGAGCGUAAAAUCCACAUCAUUAUGGCCGAGCCACUGGAAAAGCCAUUAACAAAGUCAUUGCAGAGGGGAGAAGAUCCUCAGUUGGACCAAUUGAUAAACACCAUGAGUUCUCUGGCUGAGUACUGUCUCCCAUCUAUACUUCGCACUUUGUUCGACUGGUACAAGAGACAAAAUGGAAUAGAGGAGGAGUUACAUGAACACCGAUCAAGAUCCAGCACAAAGUCCAAAAAUGAUGAGCAGCAAAAAGAUUUUCUACUUGAAAGGAGGGAUUUAACCAUCGACUUCAUCUUCUCCCUUAUGCUUAUCGAAGUUUUGAAGCAGAUGCCGCUCCACCCAGUCCUUGACAGUUUGGUCAGUGAAGUCAUUAACUUAGCCUUUAAGCACUUUAGAUACAAAGAGGGGUAUCACGGUCCUAACACUGGUAACAUGCAUACUGUAGCAGAUCUCUAUGCUGAAGUCAUAGGAGUAUUGGCCCAGUCGAAGUUUCCUGCUGUGAAAAAGAAGUUUAUGACUGAGCUAAAGGAGCUGCGGCAGAAAGAGCAGAGUCCUUAUGUAGUCCAGAGUACUAUUAGCCUCAUCAUGGGGGUCAAGUUCUUCCGAAUUAAGAUGUAUCCUGUUGAAGACUUUGAAGCCUCUUUUCAGUUCAUGCAGGAAUGUGCUCAGUAUUUCUUAGAAGUCAAAGACAAAGACAUUAAGCAUGCGUUGGCUGGUCUUUUUGUUGAAAUUUUAGUUCCUGUUGCAGCAGCUGUGAAGAAUGAAGUGAACGUACCCUGUCUGAAGAACUUUGUGGACAGCUUGUAUGAUACAACCCUGGACUUGUCCUCCAGAAAGAAGCACUCACUGGCGUUCUAUCCUUUGGUGACAUGUCUGCUAUGUGUCAGCCAGAAACAGUUCUUUCUCAGCAAAUGGCAUAUCUUCCUCCACAGCUGCCUCUCAAAUCUGAAGAGCAGAGACCCUAAAAUGGCCCGUGUUGCACUGGAGUCCUUGUAUCGUCUGCUGUGGGUCUACAUGAUCAGGAUUAAGUGUGAGAGCAACACAGCAACACAGAGUCGCCUGAACACCAUUGUGACAACCCUUUUCCCCAAAGGAUCACGCAGUGUGGUACCAAGAGAUAUGCCUAUGAAUAUUUUUGUCAAAAUCAUCCAGUUUAUUGCACAGGAAAGACUUGAUUUUGCCAUGAAAGAGAUUAUAUUUGACCUUCUUUGUGUUGGAAAACCUGCAAAGGCAUUUAGUCUUAAUCCUGAGAGGAUGAAUAUUGGUUUGAGAGCAUUCCUGGUCAUUGCUGACAAACUGCAGAAGAAGGAUGGUGAGCCACCGAUGCCGAACACUGGAUGCACUUUGCCCUCUGGGAACACACUCCGAGUUAAGAAAACGUACCUGAGCAAAACACUGACAGAUGAAGAGGCCAAAGCUAUUGGGAUGUCUCAGUACUAUUUUCAUGUGCGGAAAGCUAUCGACAAUAUGCUCAGACACCUGGAUAAGGAGGUAGGACGCUGCAUGAUGAUGACUAAUGCUCAGAUGUUGAACAAGGAGCCUGAGGAUAUGAUCACAGGUGAAAGAAAGCCCAAGAUCGACUUGUUCAGGACAUGUGUUGCUGCUGUUCCUCGCAUCUUACCUGAUGGAAUGUCCAAGCCUGAGCUUAUAGAUCUUCUGGCUCGUUUGACGAUCCACAUGGAUGACGAGCUACAACUCAUUGCCCAGAAUUCCUUGCAAAGUCUGUUGGUGGAUUUCUCUGAUUGGCGUGAUGACAUCCUGUUCGGAUUCAUGAACUUUCUUUUGCGUGAGGUCCAUGAUACCCACCAGGGGUUGUUAGAUACAUCCCUCAAAUUACUGCUGCAGCUUCUCACGCAGUGGAAUCUCGCUCUGGCCGUCCCAGGGAAAAGCUGUGACACCACUAAGAUACACACUGCUGAGAUGAGCUCAAGCCUUAAGAUCCCUCCAGAGCGAGGACCCACUGUGCUGCAUGCUGUGGAGGGACUGGCGCUCGUACUACUCUGCUCCUGUCAGCUCAGCACCCGCAGGAUCGCCAUCACCAUACUGAAAGAAAUACGCAGCCUCUUUAUGACCAUUGGACAGUCUGAGGAUGAUGAUAAGCCAGUGAUCGAGAUUAUGGACCAAAUCAGUCCUGUCAUCCUGGAAAGUUUUGCUAAUGUUGCUGUUUCUGAUACAACUCCCAUGCCAGCUGGCCAGCAGGUGGACCUUCAGUGGCUAGUGGAGUGGAACGGACUGCUGGUCAACAGUCACUAUGACAUCCAAAGCCCCUCAUAUGUGUGGAUCUUUGCCCAGUCCGUGAAGGAUCCCUGGGUGCUGUGUGUGUACAGCUUCCUCCGAGAGGACAACUUGCCAAAGCACUGCCCCACAGCACUCAACUACACCUGGUCUUACAUCUUCACUCGAAUGCAGACGCUCAUGCCUUUGGUUGACCCAAAUAACCCAGUGAAUGCAAAGAAGACCAACAUAUCUGGCAGUGGGGACAAUUACUUGACCCUGUGGAGAAACUACCUCAUCCUUUGCUUUGGUGUGGCCAAGCCCAGCAUCAUGAGCCCCGGUCAUUUGAGAGUAUCAACGCCUGAGAUCACGGCCGCUACAACUGAUAGCACUGUCAGCUAUGAUAACAAGGUUGCUGGAAGUCCAUCUGUAGGUUGGCUUCUGAAGCAGCUGGUCCCACUGAUGAGAGCAGAAAGCAUCGAACUGACAGAAUCAUUGGUUCUCGGUUUUGGUCGCACCAAUUCACUCAUAUUCAGGGAACUUGUGGAAGAGCUACAUCCCUUAAUGAAAGAAGCUCUAGAAAGAAGGCCUGAGAACAAAAAGCGCCGUGAGCGGCGUGACCUCCUUAGACUGCAGCUGCUGCGCAUUUUUGAGCUCCUGGCUGAUUCAGGUGUCAUCAGUGGCAGUACAAAUGGGGCUCUGGAACGUGACACCCUGGCCUUGGGCGCUCUCUUUGUAGAGUAUGUGGAUCUGACACGGAUUCUUCUGGAGGCUGAGAAUGACAAAGAGCUUGAGAUCUUAAAGGACAUCCGAGCUCACUUUAGUGCCAUGGUGGCCAACCUCAUUCAGUGUGUACCAGUGAACCACAAACGGUUCCUGUUCCCACAACAGAGCCUGCGACAUCACCUCUUCAUCCUCUUCAGUCAGUGGGCUGGCCCUUUCAGCAUCAUGUUCACCCCUCUGGAAAGAUACAGUGAUCGGAAUCACCAGAUCACAAGAUAUCAAUACUGUGCCCUAAAGGCUAUGUCGGCUGUGUUGUGCUGUGGGCCUGUGUUUGACAAUGUUGGCCUGUCUCUAGAUGGAUACCUCUAUAAGUGGCUGGAUAAUAUUCUAGCUUGCCAGGAUGAGUGGGUCCAUCAGCUUGGCUGUGAAGUAGUUAUCCUGCUCCUGGAGCUCAAUCCUGACCAGGUCAACCUUUUCAAUUGGGCUGUGGAUCGCUGCUACACAGGCUCCUACCAUCUCGCCUCAGGUUGCUUCAAAGCCAUUGCUACUGUCUGUGGCAGCAGAAAUUACCCAAGUGACAUCGUGACACUUUUGAAUCUGGUGCUCUUCAAGGCUUCAGAUAGCAACAGAGAAAUCUAUGAGAUUUCCAUGCAGCUAAUGCAGAUUCUUGAAGCCAAGUUAUAUGUAUAUGCUAAAAGAGUUGCAGAACAGAAGCCAAGUAGUAUCCUCUAUGGCACUCACGGCUCGAUGCCACCUUUGUAUAGUGUCUCCCUACCUCAGCUCUCCAGUCAGUUAGCCAGGAUGUACCCUGAACUCACGCUUCCACUGUUCUCAGAGGUCAGCCAAAGGUUCUCCACCACCUAUGCAAAUGGAAGACAGAUCAUGCUAACCUACCUUCUGCCCUGGCUCAGCAACAUUGAGCUGGUGGAUAGUGGCCUGCUGGUUCCAGGCUUCACACAUUGCACCUCAGAUUAUGAGUUUCCUGAUCAGACACACAGCACUGAUUUGUCCUAUCUGAAAGGCACUGGCUGGGGCUCCUUACAAGCCACAUCUAUGGUCCUCAAUAACCUCAUGUUCAUGACCGCCAAAUAUGGGGAUGAACUACCCGGACCAGAGAUGGAAAAUGCGUGGAAUGCUUUAGUCAUCCAUGAAAAGUGGAGCAACAACCUUAGAACUACACUGCAGUAUCUUAUCAGCUUGUGUGGCGUCAGCAGUGACACAACACUUCUACCAUAUAUCAAGAAAGUGGUGAUCUACCUGUGUCGGAACAAUACCACACAGACCAUGGAAGAGUUGAUAUUUGAAUUGCAGCAAACUGAUCCAGUCAACCCUGUAGUGCAGCACUGUGACAGCCCUCCUUUCUAUCGCUUCACUGCCACAAGCAAAACCUCCACUGUAGCUUCAGGCACGACAUCAAGCAGCAAUACUGUUGUAGUAGGCCAGGAAAGCUUUCCUGACACAGAUGGCACAAAGACAGCAAAGGACAAUGAGGACAGGUGGGCAAUGAGAUCUUUAUACUUUGUCUUUUGCAAACAUUUUAUCAUGAUAAUUCCCAUUUCUGACUUCAGACGUGGCAACAUAAUGCGAGCCCACAACCGCCUUGAGUCUCGCUACAGCAACAGCUCAGGAGGAUCAUACGAUGAUGAAAAGAGUGAUCCUCUGCCCCCUUAUGCUGACUGGUUGAUGACUGUCACCGAGAAAAACCGGCCUCAUCCUCUGCCAAUGCCUGCGAAUGGAGGAUGCUGGGCACCACUGGUGGACUUUUUACCAGAAACGGUCACUCCACGGAGUCCACUGCACAGAUGUAACAUUGCAGUCAUCUUCAUGACAGAGUUGGUUGUGGACCACAGUGUGAGGGAGGACUGGGCCAUGCAUCUCCCUUUAAUGUUACAUGCUUUGUUUUUGGGCAUGGAUCACUACCGUCCCGAGGUGUUUGUGCACAGCAGGCGUCUCCUCGUCCACCUGCUCAUCAUGCUAUCCUGCCAUAACAACUUCAAGACCAUUGCCACGGUCUUUCUGCAAACACAUGAACUCAACAGUACCAAGAUGCUGACAUGUAAACCAACCCUUCAGACAGAAUAUUUAUCUUCAGGACCUGGUUUUGACUUUCUUCGGGAGUGUCAGGUGUCUCCUGUGCCAGACUCUGGCCUGAGCUCCUCCUCGACCUCAUCCAGCCUGAGCCUCGGUGGCACCAACAACCUGCCUGAUAUCUCACAGGAGAUGGAGGAGCUGGUAGCCUCCAAUACAAUGGAUGAGAAGACUGACAAACUCAUUGAGUUUUUAACCACAAGAGUGAGUGGACCUCUGUGGUGCCAUGAGGACAUUUCACCAAAGAACCAGAAUGCCAAGAGCACUGGACAGCUGACAAACUUUCUGCGACAUGUGGUGUCCAUUUUCAAAGUGUCCAAGUCAGAUUUGCAGCUGGAGCAGGAGCUCAGUGAUGUGGCACUGCAGACUGCCUUGUGUAGUUCUUCCCGUCACUACGUUAGCCGUUCUUACCAGGUGUUCAGAGCUCUUCGGCAGCCGAUCUCUGCUCACGCUGUGUCCGCCCUGCUGUCCAGGUUGGUGGAAGUCGUUGGAGAAUAUGGAGAGGAAGUACAGGGCUAUGUAAUGGAAGUGUUACUUACUCUUGAGUCUGUGGUGGAUAAUUUGGCAGAAUGUCUUAAGAACAAUGAUCUCAUGGCUGUCUUCACAAGAGCAUCAUCUCCAGAUUUCCUCACUGCUUUCAAGUUGAUGUCCAGCAGGAAGAGCACAGGGCAACUCAACCCCAGAAGAGAAAACAGAAGCCAACACCAGAGGAGCUCCUCUGUCCCCAAGAAGUUUGGUGAAGCAGACAAGUGGUCUGACACACCUCGUAGUGCCACAGUGGACCGUAUCCAAGCUUGUGAACAACAGCUUUUAUUAGCCAAGGCUUGCAGCACUUCCUUAUCGAAAGACAGCUUCACAGAUCCAACCAACAUCAACCACCCCAGCAACCUGCUGGCUACAGUCUUCUGGGUGGCAGUGUCACUGAUGGAGUCAGACUUUGAGUUUGAGUAUCAGAUGUCUUUAAGAUUGUUGAAUAAGCUGCUGGGUCACAUGUCACUGGACAAACUGGAGAACAGAGAGAAGCUGGGGAAACUGCAGAGCCAGCUAAAGUGGAGCAGUUUCAAUGGGCUCCAGCAACUGCUGCUGAAAGGCUUCACGUCUGUGUCUACUACUGACCUUACGCUUCAACUCUUCUGUCAACUCACACCUGUGUCACGAGUGCCUGUAGUGGACACUUCACAAGCUAUAGGUUUUCCAUUGAAUGUCCUCUGCCUGCUACCUCAUCUGUUACAGAAUUUUGAUAGUCCCACGCAGUUCUGUCAAGAUGUUGCAGAAAGAAUAGCACAGGUAUGCCUUGAAGAGAAGAACACCAAGCUCUCCAACCUUGCUCAUGUCAUGACCUUAUACAAAACGCACUCCUAUACACGAGACUGCUCAUCUUGGGUCAAUGUCGUGUGUCGCUACCUACAUGAAGCAUUCUCAGACAUCACACUCAACCUGGUUACUUACAUGACAGAGCUGUUGGAGAAAGGCCUUCCCAGUAUGCAGCAGAGUCUUUUACAAAUUAUCUACAGCCUCCUGAGUCACAUGGACCUGAGUGGAAUUCAAGCCAAGCCCUUCAACAUGGAGGUGUUAAAGACAAUUGAGAAAUUUGUCCAGACAAUACAUUGGAGGGAAGCACUAAACAUCCUGAAGCUGGUGGUAUCUCGCUCUGCCAGUUUGGUGCAGCCUUCAUCUCCACAUGUUGACCUCUCGUACAAGGACGCCGGACGUACCUGGGACAGGUCAUCAAAAGCCUUGCCUGGCAAAACAUUGGAUUUCUAUUUUGACAUAUCUGAGACACCAGUGAUUGGUCGACGUUACGAUCUGCUUCAGGGAUCUCCAGGUCAUGAUGGGAAAAGCAGGACCACGGCAAUAACCCGCAGCACCUCCUCUACCUCUUCUGCAUCCAGUUCUAGCAACAUCCUCGUGCCUGUUAGCUGGAAGAGACCUCAGUCUUCACAGAAAAGAACACGGGAGAAACUUGUGAAUGUACUGUCUUUGUGUGGACAAGAAGUGGGGCUGACAAAAAAUCCUUCGGUUAUUUUCUCCAGCUGUGGUGAGCUGGACCUCAUGGAACACCAGCCCAGCCUGGUGUCCUCCGAGGAUGGGACCCGGGAACCAGACAACAUGGAUGACACCACCUCAGAGCAGCAGUUCAGAGUCUUUCAGGACUUUGACUUCUUGGAUGUGGAGCUUGAAGAUGGAGAGGGAGAAACAAAGGACAGUUUUAACUGGGGUGUGCGCAGACACUCCGUUGAGAAUCUGGACCAGAGUAACCUUCGGCCCUCGCAUCAGAACCAGUUGUCUAGUAGCAUGCCCAGCCUGAGCCAGAUCACACACGAAGACUCAGAUGAAUCUUCUGAGGAAGAUUCCCUCACUGCCAGCCAGUUACUCUCCCACUCACAACUUGUUGUCAACUUUUCUCCAGCAGCCGACAUCAAUAACAUGGAUUCUCCUUCUACCUUUGCUGAGACAACUUCAGCUGACUCAUCCCCUCUGAACACCAAAAAUCCAAGUUUUGAGGUCCAACUGCCAGGGAACUUGAAGCAGCGGCAAGAAGCUUCACCAGAAGAUGAAGACAUUAACACUCAAGAGGAUGGCCUCUCUCUUUGUAUUCAUGAACUUGCCCCUGAAUUUCACUGCGAUGACAGUUUGACACUGGACAUGGUUUGUGUUGACUAUAAAGGAGAGCUGGACCUUAACAACUGUGUGCCCAGUUUUUCUGAAGAGGAGAGAGAUAAUACUCUAGAGCCCCGUUCAUCUCCACCACCCUCGCCCUUCUUCUCAGCAAUCCUUGCAGCUUUCCAACCAGUUGUAGGUGAUGAUGCAGAAGAGGCUUGGCGAAGUCACAUUAAUCAUCUAGUGUGUGACUCGGAUGGAUCCUGUGCAGUGUACACUUUCCAUGUGUUUUCAUCGUUGUUUCAGAAUAUUCAGACCAGAUUUUGUUCCCUGACCUGUGAUGCUGUCAGUUACCUUGGUGAUGGUCUUAGGGGAAUUGGAUCAAAGUUUCUGAAGUCUUCGCAGAUGUUGACAUCAUGCUCAGAAUGUCCAACCAUAUUUAUUGAUGCAGACACAAUUAUUUCUUAUGGACUCUUGGAAAAAAUGAAAUUCAGUGUGCUGGAACUUCAAGAAUACCUUGACACUUACAAUAACAGAAAGGAGACAGUGCUGUCUUGGUUGAGCAACUGUAAGGCCACGUUUCCCAAAAGUGCUGGAGGCACAGUGAUAACAUGUCAACCGGCAGCAUUGGAGGAAAAGCAACUGGAGCUCUGCCAGCGACUCUACAAGCUCCACUUUCAGUUGUUGCUACUUUUUCAGUCCUACUGUAAGCUGAUUGAACAGGUCCAUGCAAUAAGCGCCACUCCCCAGCUGACAGAUAUGUCCAUUGAGCUAAAUGAGUUGAAGAGCAACCUGAGGGCAGCUGCAGCCUCAGUGGCAAACAGUGAGAUUGCUUCCACUUCCUUUCCUGAGCCCACGUUCAGCUCUUCUGAGGCUGCUGUCCAGGCCAUCCUGGAGAGUAUGAAGAACAAAGAGUUUCUAACAGCUAUCCACCAUAUUCGAGAGUGCAGAACAAUAUGGCCUAAUGAUAUCUUUGGCAGCCACUCUGAGGAUGAGCUACAGACCUUACUGAACACAUACUUCAGACAUCAAACCUUGGGGCAGACAGGAACUUUUGCUCUGGUGGGCUCAAAACAGGACCUGACAGAAAUCUCUGUCAAGUUGAUGGAACUCAACGGGGAGAUUCGGGACAUGAUCCGACGAGCCCAUGGCUACAGAGCCGUUACCACCUUCCCCCCAGAUUCCAGAGUCUCCGGCUCAACUCUUUGAUGAUGGUCUGGUAUAGUGUGCAAUGCCAGCCCCUCCACAACACCCUUCCCCAUGCAGAAUUUGGUCCUGGGGCUCUCAUCUCAGUGGUUAACAAGCACACUGCUCUCACCUGGGAAAACUAAACCUGCUUUCUUUUCCUGCUUAGAGUACAUCAGAAUGUCAUACGUUAUGUCCAGCUCUUCGAAGGUGCAGCAAUACUGUUUUUAGAGAGAUCGGGAACUCUGCUGUGGCUGAGAAACGUAGGCUUUUAUUGCACUAAAACUGUCACAAAGCGACCACUGACUACUGAGGUCAAAAUCUUUAACAUUAUUAGCAAAGAUCAUACCAAAGCUAAGUGAUUAUUUUUAAGUUAUAUUUUAAUAGUCAAUGGGAAAUGUGCAAUCCUUCACAGAAGUGGAAGACAUUUACUGUAUCAUGAACGAAUGUAUUUGUGUAUCACAGCGUUGGCUGACAGGCAAAUGGAAGGCUUUAGUAGUGAGUCCUGUGUGCGUGUGCUGGAGUGUGUGUAAUAAAACUCGACGACCAUCAAAGAUGGAAUUAUGGAUAUGAUCUGCAUUAAUUGUUCACAUUAAACUAUUUUGACAUGCUGCAAAUCUACUGUAGUGUCUCCCACAUCUACAAACUGUGUUGUGGAUUAUCUGUUAUUUCAAACAACAUAUUGUAUAUUUUAACUGUGCAGCUUUGGGCAAUAGAAAAAUUAUUUAUAUAAUUUAAUAAAGAGGCAAUACUCUUUUAUCUGAGUAGGUUUAGAGAAAAAAUUAAUGUUAAACCUGCCAGGCUUGCAAAUUGUAUGUACUCAAGUCAAGUGUAAUAAUGUUUAAUGAGCAAAUGCUUCAUUUUUCUUUUCACAGAACAGUUAUUGAUAGUGUGAUAGUGCAAUGAGGGCUUUGUUCAAACUUGCAAGAUUGUAUUAUUAUGAAUUGACUAUAUUUGUUGCAAGUAAAUAGCUGCAUAUGCUUCC